AGCAUGCAUGCCUUCUCCAUUUCUCCCAGCCAGCUCCUCGGUGGUAGUCGAUGCUAUCCUGCAUGAAGUUCGCAUGGUCUAAACGCUCCAUGGGGUCGUACCAAUCACUCCCACCCGCAAACCCUGCUGCGCCGCACACCAAAUAUCGCCGGCCAUACUAUUCCAAGCGAUUCAUCAAGAUUGCUGUCGUUGUCUUCGUCUCGUUCGCAAUCGCCAUCAUACUCGGAUACGUCUAUCUGUUCAGACUACCUUUGAAGAUACAUUUCGGACAGCCUGAGAAGGACGAGCACCUGCCGCCGCUAUAUACCAGGUUCCACAACUACGAGCUCAGCCUACCGCAGCACCAGCUCGACACCGGCUCGCAAGAUAGCCCGAACGGCAAGUAUUUCUGGGUAGCAAAUCACGCCCGCAGAUCCGGAUAGGGGAAUAUCAUGCAGGAACUCUUGCUCAACCACUAUGUAGCUUACCGCGCUGGCCGAUCCUUCGUGUUCAGCAACUAUACCUGGAAUGACGACAGAAGCUUAUACUCAUACUUCAACAACAAACCGAUACCCUCGCAAAUACCCUACACCGCUUUGAUCCAAGGUCCAACGGUCGGCGCACCGAUGCGCGCAGAUCCCGCAGCGCCGCUGGCUGUCAUGAAAGAUUUCUGGGAUAAGGUCUGCCCGAAUCCCACAGUGAUCCGGAACGACGACGUCAUCGCGUCUCUGGGAAGGACCACCACCGCGCAGCUGAUGAUUGACAAGUGGGUCGAACUGCUCACGUCUACCGAAGACCCAUGCGUCGAAGUCGCACCCGAUUCGUGGCAGCUGUUCGACAUCUUCAUCCUCGGUGACCCGAACCGACUGCUCGAUGCCUGGCCAUCGUUCUCCGCAUCGCCCAUCCUGACCGAGAUUGGCUGGUCCCCCCUCAUAGAGCUCGCAUUCGACGAGAACCGCGAACUGAUCCUCCCCUCUUCCACCCAAUACCCCCUCCUCUCCUCCACCCCCUUCACUCACACAAACGCACAGCGCUACCGCAUCCUCCCCGGCCUCCUCGUCCUGCAUGCCCGCCAUGGCGACUUCGAAGAGCAUUGUCAGAACCUCGCCGACUGGGACUCGGGCUACACGGGCUACAACGCCUUCAGUAGCCUCCCCGACAGGUUCGAAAAGCCGCGAGGGGUCACCCCCGAGGAGAAGCGGGAGAUCUACAGACGGCACUGCUACCCGACUAUCGAGGAGAUCGCGCAGCGGGCAGAGGAGGUCCGGAAGAGUGAGGCUGGAAGGGGCUUGCGCGGUGUGUACAUCAUGACCAACGGGCCGGUCGCGUGGGUGAGCGCGCUGAAGGCUGCGUUCGAUGCGAGCGGGAAAUGGGCGCACGUUGCGAGCAGUAGGGACCUGGUGCUGAACCAGGAACAGAAAUAUGUCCAGCAGGCAGUGGACAUGCUCAUCGGACAGAGGGCACAGUUCUCCAGCCUGAGUGGACAGGUCAUCAUGCUGCGGAUGGCGAACGGCAUCUCCCCCGAGACCAACAGGCAUUGGCAACCUGUCCGGUCCUUGAAUUCAUAGCGGC